CUCAGAUUAUCAAAGGAGGGUAAAGGGUCACUUUCUAGAGUCAAUCCACACAUUCUCUCAGAGGAGGAGGAAUUGAUUUUAAAAGACUGACACAAGUGGUUCUGGAUUGUACGUUUUUCUCUCCUCAUUCUGAAGCAUGUCUCAGAGGAGUAAAACUUCUUCAAAAGAAAGCUCCUCUGGUCCUCCAUCCACAUCAGAUGCUCAUCCUCCACGCUCUGCUCUUCGUAGCUCCUCAAAAGACUCAAAAAACUCAGGUCACAGGGGCUCAUCUGACAGUCAAGGACGGCGCGGCAGUAGAUCUUUCAGCCAGAACUCAGCUAUCGCUGCAGCAUAUACACAGUACCUCAACGCUCUCUUUGGACAGGACAGAGAUUUACUGCCAGAGGAACUAGAUGAACUUCAUGUAGCAUUUAAAGAGUUUGACUAUGACCAGGACGGGUAUUUGCACUACAAAGAUGUUGCAGACUGCAUGAGAACCAUGGGAUACAUGCCAACAGAGAUGGAACUGAUUGAGAUCAUUCAGCAGAUAAAAAUGAAAUGGGGAGGUCAUGUGGACUUUGAUGAUUUCUGUGAAUUAAUGGGGCCCAGGAUGCUGGCUGAAACUGCUCAUAUGGUGGGUCUAAGGGAGCUGCACUGCGCUUUCAAACAGUUUGACUAUGACGGUGAUGGACGGAUCACCUUUGAGGAGCUGAAGGAGUCCACAAAGACGCUACUUGGGGAGAAACUAAAGAAGGGAGAAUUGGAAGAAAUUCUGACAGACAUCGAUCGCAACGGAGACGGGAACGUGGACUUUGAUGAGUUUGUCAUGAUGCUGUCUCUCCGAUAGCGGGAUGUUUGACGUUUUUCAUACCUGAGAGCUUAAUCACGGAUCAUCACACCUGUCAAUCAAGUUCUUAAUACGUAUAAGUAUAUUUGUAUUCAAUAAAGGUCUGAAAUUCUGUGAGAAUAUUCUGGUUGUUCGAUGCAGGGGUGGUGGAUGAUCUAAUCAGUAGCUCUGCGAGUUAUGAAACGAGCUGCUGCAACCUAGUGGAGGAUAUAGGUAACGAUAAUAAUAAUAAUAAUAAUGAUAAUAAUAAUAAAUGUUAUUUGUUGAAUAUUUUGAAAUAAUAAUAAUAAAAAUGUUAUGUUAAUUAUUAUGUAAUAAUAGUAAUAAUCAUAAAAAGUUAGGCUCCAACAUCCCUGUGACCAUGCAUAGGUCAAAUUGUUUAUUUACAUUUAGUCAUUUUGCAGACGCUUUUAUCCAAUAGUUUAUGUAAUAGUUUGUAAUUAUUGUCAGUAAAAAGAAGAAGAUGAAUAAUAAUAA